CUGUGUAUGUACGUAAGUGUGUGUAUGUGUGUAAGUGAGCGUAUGUGUGCAGCGCUGUAUGGAGAGCAAAUCGAGAUACAGUAGUAACCCAGAGUGAGGUGGCAAUCUUAUUCCACAUCGACACUGACUUGCCCCGCAUCCAUCCUAUCUGUCUCUUUAUUGCAGAACGCACUUGAGGAGCGAAAGAGGAAAAGAGUCAAGAUGGCAUCUGGAAGUGGCCGUGGACAAUCCGGGAUCUAGUCUCUUCGGGGUUUUUUUUUUGGUAGCACAGAGCGCAAGUGACUGGCCGUGCAAGGCGCUAAUAACUAAGUCGCUCGUGGCCCCCUGUUGGGACUUCAUUGGUGUGGAAUAGCAACAAAGAACGGGAGCGCGCAUUCAUGGGACGCGACUUUGACAGCUCCUUAUUUCUUGUCUUGUAACUUUAUUACCUGGCAGCGGGGGCUAGAUUGGGACUGGAGUGGGAGAUCAUGGCUGAGGCUCUGCUCCCCGACACACUCCCGGACUUGGACGUGAUCAUCGACCCGGACUUCGAGCCCCAGAAGCGGCCCAGAUCUUGCACCUGGCCGCUACCACGACCAGACUCGAACGCGGUGAAACCAGAGAGUAAUGACACAGAUAUUAUACCUGAGGAAGAGGAUGACGAUGAUGAUAAUGCCACCACUACGUCCAUCGGUGUCAAUGACUCUGGCUUGGCUACAGAGGACCAGAGCAGCAACAGCCCCGUGGCCGAUGGAGCUCUCUCCUCCCCCGGCCACGAGAGCGGAGGCUCCCCGCUCUCCUCUCACUCCCCGACGGCCACCUCUGGCGCACUAACCGCCAGCAGCUUGGCUGCCCAGCAGACCCCGAGGAAAGCAUCAUCUCGCCGUAACGCCUGGGGGAACCUCUCCUACGCCGACCUGAUAACCAAAGCCAUUGAGAGCGCGCCGGACAAGAGACUGACUCUGUCUCAAAUUUAUGACUGGAUGGUGAGAUCCAUCCCCUACUUCAAAGACAAAGGCGACAGCAACAGCUCUGCAGGAUGGAAGAAUUCCAUCCGGCACAAUCUUUCGCUCCACAGCCGCUUCAUCCGCGUCCAGAACGAGGGAACAGGGAAGAGUUCCUGGUGGAUGAUCAACCCAGAAGGAGGGAAGGGUGGCAAGGCUCCUCGCCGCCGUGCAGUGUCCAUGGACAACAGCAACAAGUACACUAAGUCCGCCCGUGGCCGUGCUGCCAAGAAGAAGGCAGCUUUGCAGGCCGCAGCUGCUGCAGCUGGCGAAGGCGGUGGAGACAGUCCUUCAGGUCUCUCCAAGUGGCCUGGAAGCCCAACGUCACGCAGCAGCGAGGAGCUUGACGCCUGGACAGACUUUCGCUCCCGCACUAAUUCCAACGCCAGCACACUGAGCGGUCGCCUGUCACCCAUCCUGGCCAACCCUGAGCUAGACGAGGUGCCCGAUGACGAGCCUCCUCUCUCGCCAAUGCUCUACUCCAGCCCUGGCAGAGCGUUGUCUCCCAGCAACACCACGACCAUAGGGAAGGCCUUGCCAGCUGAGCUGCCCCGCCUGGCAGACCUGGCAGGUACAAUGAACCUGAAUGACGGACUCACAGAUGACCUGAUGGACGAGUUGCUGGAUAACAUUAACCUGGUGCCAACCGUCCCAGGGCCGGCCGCUCCAAAUGUUUCCUCAGGGUUCAAUUUUGUGUCCAAACCCAAUGGGCUAGGUUCACCUUCCUCAACUUCCUCUCCCUCCACAAACUCUCCUUCUAACGGUGGAGUUAAUGGUUACAGUAACUCCAUCUUUGGCCCUCACACGGCGGUUUCCUCACUCCGUCCGUCCCCCAUGCAGACCAUCCAGGAGAACAAACAGACCUCCUUCUCCAGCAUUAGCCUGUCUCGCUUUGGCAGUCAGACACUACAAGACCUGCUUAACUCCGACAGCCACAACCACAGCGAUGUCAUGAUGACGCAGUCUGACCCACUGAUGUCACAGGCUAGCGCCGUGGCCGUCAUUUCCCAGAACUCCCGCCGUGGCCUCAUGCUCCGUAAUGAUCCCGUAAUGACCUUUGGGACCACUGGAGGACUUCAGGGCAGCCAAGGGGAGAUACUUCAAAGUAACAACCACAACCAGAGCUCACUGAGGUCUUUAAACGGAGGCCUGAACCUAGCCAACGAGGCUAACGCUCUGGCUAAUGUCAAGCAGCAGCUCCUGCUCUCCCCUUUGGGAGGAAAUGGUUCCUCUUCCAUGCAGAUCGACACCUCGAUCUUCUUAAAUGGAACAGUUAGCAGUAGUGGAGGGCUCUGCCAGGACCGCUUCCCCGCAGAUCUGGACCUGGACAUGUUCAACAGCAGCCUGGAGUGUGAUAUGGACUCCAUCAUCAAGAACGAGCUGAUGGACGCAGAUGGCCUGGACUUUAAUUUUGACACUCUGGCCAACAUGAACGGAGUCGGCAGAGCUCCUCAGAGCUGGGUACCCGGCUGAGAGGGUCAGGCCGGGGAGGAGCAGAGCAGGUCUGAACUGUGUAGUGCAAGAGAAGAUCAGACACACAACAUCCUUUUUGCCAAACCUGCCAUCAGCACAACGUAAAAUACGAACCCUGUGUUUACAGAAGAAGACUUCCUCUCGAGAGCUUUACCUUCGAUCCCACACUGGUGAACCAUGAACGAUCCGACAGACUCUAGAGAUACUGCACAUCAGCCCUCAAAGCCUCCUGUGAAACAACAACAACAACAACAACAACAACAACAACAACAACAA